AUGCCAGAACCCACAGAGGAAAUAUGGAAAAAAGUUGCAGAAAGAUAUAAAACCAUGUGGCAUUUUCCAAACUGUAUAGGGGCUAUAGACGGUAAGCACAUCAAUAUACAGUGCCCUAUUAAUGCCGGAUCCACGUAUUACAAUUUCAAGGGAAGCCACUCGAUUGUACUUUUAGCAUUUGUUGAUGCGGAUUAUAAGUUUAUUGCAAUCGACGUUGGCGCAUAUGGCAGAAACAGCGAUGGUGGAAUUUUUUCUCAAUCGGUAAUUGGAAAAAAGUUAAAUAACAAAACACUCAAUGUUCCAGAGCCAACCCCUUUAACAGAAAACGGAGAACCUCUGCCUUAUGUGAUUUUUGGAGACGAAGCAUUCCCGCUAAAAAAUUAUUUGCUUCGACCAUUUAGCAGACGCUAUUUAGGGGAUAAUGAGCCCAAUAAAAUUUUUAAUUAUAGGUUGUCACGAGCUAGGCGUGUUGUUCUAACCUUUGGAAUUUUAGCUGCUCGUUGGAGGUGUUUCCAGGGGCACUUAGAAGUACAACCAGAGUUUGUAGACAAAAUUGUGUUUGCUUCGUGCUGUCUGCAUAACAUGUUAUGUACAGACAAUGCAUUUGAACCCGAUAUAGAAUCACUUCAACUGCCAGAAGCUGUUUUACAGCAUUUAGAUCCACUGAGAAGAAAUAGCACUCGUGACGCAUUUCAAGUUAGAGAAAAAUUUAGAGAUUACUUUAAUUCUGAUUCAGGUAGUGUAAUUUGGCAAGUUGAAAGAGUUCGAAAAGGAAAAAUAAAUUCUUAA